AUGCAUUUGCAUUUUGAGAAAAACUCCAACACAAGAUGCGACUGCCCGAUACUGUCGUUGUCCUGGAUGGGCAAGGUACCGGAUGACAUUCCGGAGGAGGAAGGCUGGAAACUGAAUCGCACCAACUACUACCAGGAAGGAUGGCUGGCAACGGGGAACGUGCGUGGUAUCGUUGGUGUCACGUUCACGACGUCGCACUGCAAGAAAAACGUCGAUUACCCGCUGCGGACAAAUUAUAACCUUCGGGGCCAUCGGUCCGAUGUGAUUCUGGUGAAGUGGAACGAACCCUACCAGAAGCUGGCGAGCUGUGAUAGUUCCGGCAUCAUCUUCGUGUGGAUCAAGUACGAAGGCCGGUGGAGCGUGGAGCUGAUCAACGAUCGCAACACGCCGGUGACGCACUUCUCCUGGUCGCACGAUGGUCGCAUGGCCCUGAUCUGCUACCAGGACGGGUUUGUGCUGGUUGGAUCGGUGGCUGGCCAGCGUUACUGGUCGUCGAUGCUGAACCUGGACGCCACCAUAACGUGCGGCAUCUGGACGCCGGACGAUCAGCAGGUGUACUUCGGUACCACGCAGGGUCAGAUCAUUGUGAUGGAUGUCCACGGUGCGAUGGUGUCGCAGGUACCGCUCAGCUCGGACGUCGGCAUCACGGCGAUGGCGUGGUCGUGCGAAAAGUUUAAGAUGGAGGAAGGCGAGGACACCGAGCCGGGCGUGACGAACGCUUCGAAGCGUAGCUUCGUGUUGGCCGUCAGCUUCCAGAAUGGGUACAUCUAUCUGUUAAAGUCGUACGACGACAUUACGCCCAACCAGCUCAACACCGGCAUGAACGGGGCCCUGGGCAUCGUGAUGGAGUGGAGCAACUCGCGCGAACUGUUGGCCGUGGCCGGUACCGAACACGGCGCUCCGCACACGACCGACGGCAACGGUGCCACGGUGUACAGCAAUCUACUGAAGUUCUACACCGAGUCCGGAAAUCUUCUCUACACCGCCAAAAUCCCCAACAGUACGUAUCCCGUUUCGGCGCUCACUUGGGGCCACAACGAUAAGCGUAUCUUCAUCGCCACCGGAACGCAGGUCCACAUCGCGUGGGUUUCACGGCGCGUCGCGUCACUUCAGCUGUUUUGUAGGCUGAAAGUUCAGUCCUCGCUGGCGUCCGAAGCCCUGCUACCCCGGUUACCGCUUCCGGGGCGAAUCAAGGCCCUGAUCGGCAACCUAUUUGCUCAAACCAUACGAUGCUGCGUUCCGGAUUUGAAGUCUCUGCGAGAGUUUGUCUCCAGGCCACCGGCCUGUUCGACGCGACUGCACUGCACUAUGAUAAGACACGACGACGAUUCGAACCAGAGCUCAGGGACAUGCUAUACGCUCUAUCUGGAGUUUCUCGGAGGCCUGGUGCCCCUGCUGAAAGGCAAGCGGACCUCGAAAAUUCGACCGGAGUUUGUGAUAUUCGAUCCUCAGGUUGACGAAGUUUCUACUUACUGUACAUACUCAUCCGAUUCGACGACUACUACGACGACCACGAAAAGCUCGUCGACAUCGAGCCACUCGACGAACGGCACGAACGGUCGCUCCGACAGCUCCGAAAGUGAUAUCGACGACGAGUGCCGGUCACCACGUUUGGAUAGGAAACGGAAAUCUGGUGCUCCCAAAAAACGCGUCCCAAACGGUACCGACCGUUCGCCAAACCAGAAUUCCGACUCGACGGAAAACAAUGAAGAUCUCGCGUACUUGGACACGCUGCCCGAGCACGUAAAGCUGGUGGAAGUAACAUCCAACAUCUGGGGGACGAAGUUUAAGAUACACGGGCUGGCGAAAACGCUUCCGGCUAACCUUGGCCAGGUGACGUACAAAACGUCACUGUUGCACCUGCAACCGCGCCAAAUGAAGCUGGUCAUAACGGAGCUGCGAGAUGACUUUCCCACCGGUCCGGAUCCGACCUUCAAUCCGAACAUUUUCUCCGAAGACGAGGAGGACCAGCAACAACAGCAACAACAACAGAUGCUUCAUCAACAGCAGCAGCAACAACAGCAGCAGCACCACCAACAACAGCAGCAUUACUCGCAAUCGCUGCAACCCGCGCACGGACACUGCGCGCCGGGCCUAUCCGUCCGGGACGGUGUAACGUCGGGGGUCUUGAGUAGAAAGCUGCUUACCGAAAGUGCACCACCGAUCGCUCCGAUGUCCCCUCGGCCGAACCGGUUUCCAUCGCGCCCCCGGCGACAACCGUCCACUCUGGCCGGCUGCGCGGCUGGUGGAUCGCGCGGCGUAACGCUGCCCGGGUUGGGACCGUUGGCCCGGGCGGAGUCGUACGAAGACGAUACGGACACGGCCCCUGACACGACGGUAACGGUUGUCGGUGAGCUGCACUCCGUUCACACGACCGCGACGGCACGUACCCCACCGCGGCAAAGCAUCGGCUACAGUCUCGUGAGCCGGCCGUCGUCCACUUCCAGCAACCAAUCGCGGGUCGCGAUAAGCCCGCUGUACUGCGAGGGUUCCGUACCGACGCUGCAGUCACCCAAGAAUGCCGUCGCACCGAGUGACAUCAUCUUCGACCGUCCACCGGCCGGCCAGACCACUCUGAUGAGCUACUCCAGCAACGCGGACUACAUGACCAGUGUGGUGCAGGUGAAGAACUCCCUCAUCUCGUCCUCAUCCGACCACAGUCAUCACCACAACCACCAUCUGCACCAUCACCAUCAUCCGACGAUCCGCGCCGGUUCCUCCGGACCUAUGCCACUGAACCUGAACCUCAAUUUUGAGCGAUCCGAGCCUUCGCCGCGGCCGCCAGUGUGUGGCCCCGGUAAAGAUUCGCAGCCCAGUGCCAGUGCCAAGGGUACGCCAAAGAAGCAGAGCCUCAAGUUUAUCGACGAAGAAUCCACACCGAGCAGCUCGGCCACACCGCCGUUGGCCGUGGUACCGGCUGGAGCGGGUGGGUCUUCGCCCGCUCCGGACACGAACCCUGUCCCGCUGGAAACUCCGACGCACGGUAUGCACCGCACUCCGACCGUGGCGUCGAUGAUGCCGUACACCAGUGGUGGCCUAUCGUCGUCCGGGUCGGCCCGUAUUCCCGAUUCCAUCACGCGCAGCUGCAGUGUCGGCUAUCUGGACAACAUGGCAAUCGUGCCGGGCGAGGAGGCACUCUCGAUGAUGCGCCGCGACGCACCCUACAAGCGGUUGGUGUUGGUCGACAAGAAGCGCCAGAAGAAGAGCAAGCGCAACCUGGACGACCUGCGGCGCGUCGACGCCCGGUUGCGCUCGGACGCGAAAUCCAAGAGCCUGGACUCGUGCGACGUGCUGCAGGACGUGCCGAAUUUGAACCGCGAUCUGAUCAACCUGUUCCGACAGAUGCCGAAGGUUAACGAGCUGUCCGAGAACGAAACCGAGUACUCGUCGUCCGACCAACUAUUGCCCAGUGGCAAACCACGAACCUCGACGGUCCGCAAGGGAGCCCCGAUGAAGUUUGGCCCGGGCGUGUCCGGUAUGGGGGGCUCCAAAACACCCAUCCUGAACCGGAGGGAAAAGCCAAAGUGCUGCUCCGUGUGCAAACAGAUCUCACCGACGGUGAACUCCACCGAAACGGUGUGCGUCAAGUGCCGGAAGACCACCAUCGUGACCGGACUAGGUUCCGGAGAGGCGUCAACGAAAGACGCGUCCGGAACCACGAACGGCGCUGGUGGGGUGGACGGUGCAGUGGGGGCCUCGAAACCGCCACAGGUCCCACCGAAAACCAAGCGUACCACCCUGGGGCAGUAUCUUCGAUCGGCCUGCAGUAACCACUACGGGGACCACUCGUCGAAGGAAUCACAGGCUGGGGCCGGCACUUCCGGUGGAAAGUGUGGGUUCUUCGAUCGAAGGUCCACGCUCAGCUCGGGCACCAGCAGCGAAGGGAGCGCCUGUUCUACCGAUGGGCCCGUCCCGCCUACCCCGUCCCGAUCGGUGGCCCGGAUCGUGACCAGCUUCACCGACAGUCCGCUCUUCUCCCGACGCAAUCGCCAAGCCAAGGCGGACUCGGGAAAGCCUCAGAGUGAAAGCAACACUCCGAUUCUGCUGCGCUGGAAUGGCCGGCAAACCCGCAAAUCCGAUUCACUCGACUCGCCGAAGAAACACCGCCGCAACGGGAGCUGCCCUGGACCAAGUAAAGACUCGGCGGUCGGCAGCGAAGCCGUCGUCACGGCGUCGACCUCCUCCCAGACGGACGAUGGGCCGAUGCGCGGCGCGUCCGUACCUUCGUCGGGACCUUCGGCGGCCCCCGUCCCGGCCACCAUUAUCAGCCGCUGGCGUGACAUGGACGAUAGUGGCCGUCAGUCGACACCGCCCGCGUCACCGGCUCGGCUGGCCCGCAGCUCACCGGCGUCGCCGACUCCGAGCAAGAAGAGCAAGCGGCACCAGAGUGCCUCGCCUAUACGGCACAUUCUGAACUCGCCGCUCCUCAACCGCCGGCAGCGCAAGAAGCAGCACACCGAAAGCUCGGACGACGAGAACGGCAGUGGGAACCACAACAACAACAACAACCACCACAGCAGUCCCAGCAACCACACCGACGACAGUAGCGGCAGUGGCAGUGGCGCGAAGCAGUACCGGGAUCUCGAAACGUUCCAGAAGGCCCAGCUGCGCCAAAAGCUGAAACGAGGUAAGAUCGAGCCGAAUGGAGUGGCCAGCACGACGGCUUCGCCGGCCCCGGUACGGCGGGAGUUUGUGAUGCACAACAAGGCUCCGAUGUGGAACGAAAACAGUCAGGUGUACCAGCUGGACUUUGGUGGCCGUGUUACGCAGGAGUCGGCCAAGAACUUCCAGAUCGAGUUCCGUGGAAAACAGGUCAUGCAGUUUGGGCGCAUCGAUGGCAACGCGUACACGCUCGACUUUCAGUACCCGUUCUCAGCGCUGCAAGCGUUUGCGGUGGCGCUGGCCAACGUUACCCAGCGGUUGAAGUAAUGGGCCGGCACCGUGCGCCCUCUCUUGCCUUACUUUCGUGGUAAAAUAGCAACUGUAGUCAAAUAGGAAUCGGCGCCCAGUGGCGCGGCAUGCUCUACACAUAUCACAUCGGAGAAGGAGACCACGCCAG